GUAAAUUUUGCCAAAUGUCACUUAAAUAGGGUAAUGUGUAUCCACAUAAGCUAUACCUCAAAAGAAAUUAACAAGAGAUCUCCAAUGCAUAAUGUUGAAACAUUAAAUAUUAUCUACUUGUCAUUUUUAAUAUUAUAAAUUUUUAAAUUAAAAUGCAUGACUCCUAAACCUGGCUGCCGCAAAAGCUAUAUGCGAAGUUCCAUAGUAAAUCUGCUGCGCAGCCAAUCUUCCACCGUAUAACAUCAAAUAAAGAAAAAUACGUCUGCCUGCAAUUGGAUUAUUGGAGCAAUUCUUCACAAGGUAGAAAACGUCCACAUGGGGGCUCAACAAUUGGUAGAGAAUAUAUUUAUCGUGAUAGGAAAGAUCGUCACAAUUUGAUUAAAAGUGACUACUUCAGUGGCGAGAAGUCAAAGUACACUCUGGACAAAUUUCGGCGCCGAUUUCGUAAGGAUAUUGAGCUAUUCGAGCGAAUUUUGCAUGCGGUAGAGAACUAUGAGAAUUACUUUACACAAAAGGUUGAUGCAGUUGGAAACAUAGGGUUGAGUCCUUUACCAAAAGUUGUAGCAGCAAUGCGAAUGCUUGCAUACGGUUGUUCAGCCGAUUCCCUUGAUGAAUAUGUUCAAAUUGGUGAGAGUACGGCAAUUGAGUGCCUAAAAAAAAUUUGUGAUGCUAUAAUAGGAUUGUUUGAACAAAAAUAUCUUAGAAAAUCAAAUGAAUUUGAUGUCGCUAGUCUAUUAAAAGAAAGUGAAGCUCGUGGGUUUCCAGGAAUGCUUGGGAGUCUAGAUUGUAUGCAUUGACACUGGAAAAAUUGUCCGACUGCAUGGCAUGGAACAUUUACAAAUGGGUUCAAAAAAGUUCCAACUCUUAUUCUAGAGAUUGUAGCUUCACGUAGUUUAUGGAUUUGACAUGCAUUCUUUGGUAUGUCAGGUACUAACAAUGAUGUCACUGUUCUGGAUAGAUCUCCUCUAUUUGAUGACCUAGUUAAUGAUAUUGCACCACCGUGUCUAUUUAGAGUACAAGGCCAUGAAUACAAUAUGGGCUAUUAUUUAUCUGAUGGUAUCUAUCCACAAUACGCCACAUUAAUCCAAACUAUAUCACAACCCACUUCUAUGAAGGAGAAGUUGUUUGCAAAAUGUCAAGAAUAUGCUCGGAAGGACGUAGAACGUGCAUUUGGAGUUUUACAAAGCCGUUGGCACAUAGUAAAAGGCCCCGCUCGCAUGUGGAGUGCAACUGAUCUAGGGCAAAUAAUGAAGACGUGUAUCAUCUUGCACAAUAUGAUUAUUGAAAGUGAGGUUGCUCAAGGCAUCAAUCCGGAAGAUUGGAGGCCAGAAAGCGGUGAAGCAGUUGAAAAUGUGACCAUUGAGCAUGAUUUUACUUAUCUUAUGUCGAGGAUAAACGGUAGAAUGAAAGAAAUACAAGAUAAAAGAGUGCAUAAAGAUCUAAAGCGC